UUUCCAGCCUUAAAGAAGAAAAGGAAAAAAAGAAAAAAAGAAAAAAAACUUAAAAUAAAAGGCAGCAUCCCUGCUCCAGAAAAGUUAAUCCAAUCAAGAAAUAAAACGAAGAAAUCGGUUUUACCGAUUCUCUAUGAUUCUACGCAUGUAAAUUUGAUUAUGUUCCGUUGGAAAAUAAAAAUAAAAAUUAAUCACUCUUAAAAUAUCUGGAUAUGCCUUUUCUUCAAUCGUUGAAAUCCAUUGAUUUGGAGCAAGAAUCCUACCCGCAGUAUGAAGAUUUCUUUGUUCUUCCAUUUUUCGCUCUGUUUUUCCCUACUAUCCGGUUUUUGCUUGACAGAUUGGUUUUUCAGAAACUUGGAAUGCGAUUAAUAUAUGGAAAGGGAAGGGAAGUGGUGGAAAAUGAGACGAAUGAGCAGAAAAGAAAGAUAGCAAAGUUCAAGGAGUCAGCAUGGAAAUGCAUUUAUUAUCUUUCUGCCGAGAUUUUGGCACUUGCCGUGACAUACAACGAGCCUUGGUUUAAAGAGACAAGAUAUUUUUGGGUAGGACCUGGAGACCAAGUUUGGCCUGACCAAACAUAUAAGCUGAAACUGAAGGGCCUGUAUAUGUAUGUUGGUGGAUUCUAUACAUACUCCAUAUUCGCUCUGAUAUUUUGGGAAACCAGGCGCUCUGACUUUGGGGUCUCUAUGAGCCAUCAUGUUGCAACUUUUAUUCUGAUCGUAUUGUCUUACAUAUUCAGGUUUGCACGAGCAGGUUCGGUUGUUUUAGCUCUUCAUGAUGCCAGUGAUGUAUUUCUUGAAGUAGGGAAGAUGUCCAAGUACAGUGGCGCAGAAGCACUGGCUAGCUUCUCGUUUGUUCUUUUUGUGAUAUCCUGGGUGAUACUUCGUCUGAUAUAUUAUCCAUUCUGGAUACUCUGGAGCACAAGCUAUGAAGUUAUCCAGACACUGGACAAGGAUAAACACAAAGUCGAGGGACCAAUCUAUUACUACCUUUUCAAUUCCCUUCUUUUUUCUUUACUUGUUCUUCAUAUCUACUGGUGGGUGUUGAUGUACCGGAUGCUUGUCAAGCAAAUCCAAGAAAAGGGCCGUGUCAGUGAAGAUGUUAGGUCUGAUUCUGAAGAUGAAGAUCUUCAUGAAGAUUAAGCCUAGUCACUGCCUAAGUCACAUGAUUGUACAUGAUUCAAGAGCAGCCUACGUUCACCGGAACGUUUCUUGACUUGUAAUGACCAGAAGAUUUCUUUCAAUAAAAAAACUUGCAUCAACUGAGAUUACUUGAAAAACAGGCCUUGUUGAAGUGGUAAGCCCAAUUCUUCAUUUUAAAUUUAUGCGAUUCGUGAUGUUAGAACAGUGCCAUUGCCACAGCAAAAAAAAAAAUAUAUAUAAUAUAUGAAAAAAAACAAAAAGUUCUCCUAUUGAACUAUUUGCAAUGUUUGUACCAGGAUUUUGACAUUUUAGUCGGUCAAUCUUGAAACUAGCACUGCAAAUUAUGCAGCACACAACACUUUGUACAAUCUUUUUUACCCCAGUUUUUAUUGAAAUUAAGUUCGGCUA